AAUGACCAAAUGCAUCCUUAUUGAGAGUUCAGAUUUACCGCGUUGUCAGGAACUACUCAAGAGAAAUUUCUAUUUGGUGCGCUUCGAUGCUUGCCUAGGUGUGAGUUCGAAUGAGCAUCAUUGGCUCUAGAUUGACCCGUCGGAGAGCGGCGCGUUUUCAGAGCGAACAAAAGUAUGUUUUGUUUUUGCUCAUGCUCGCCGCCCUGACCUUUUGGCGGGUCAAGCGUAUCAACUACGGUACGAAUAUAGACGCCACAAUUGCAACGUCCGAUCUUUUUCUGCUUCCCAUGUCGCUGUGGAAAGACACGAAAGCGGCACCCGACAAGGCAGCAUUGCAAAUGGCGAACGAAAAUUCGACGGUGCCAUCGGCCACCCGAGCCAACAAGAACAUCUCGAUUCUCGCACCGCCGCCCAUUCGGGCUUCUAAAAAAGCAACCAUCGCAUACGCUAUCAGUGUUACAGACUGCAAAAACCCAUUGGAUAAUCGUCUCGUCGACGGAGCGGCUGUUUUGAAGCACUCCAUUCACCUGGCCUCGAUUCGCAACCCAUCUGGCACUUCCCGGUACGAUUAUCACACGUACGCGUUUGUCCAUCCCAACGCGACUCAAUGCUCCUCCAUUUUGGAGCGAGCCGGAUACACUGUCCAGAUGCGGGAUACACCAAUAGAUACGGAUGAUAUCAACAAUACGGCCUACGCCGAGCGAUUGAACAACCCGAAUUCGGGGUGCUGUGGCGCAAGAGAAUUCCUCAAACUGUACUCGUACACGCUACUGGAGUAUCCAGUUGUGGUGCAUUUGGAUGUAGACGUGGUCAUCUUGAAACCGCUGGAUGAGCUGUUUGAUAUAAUGCUGCAACCCGCGAAUGCCACGAAGCACGUCAAGGACGCCAUGUGGAAUAAGACAGUGGCGCACUCGAUCGAUUCUAUGUUUACGCGCGACUAUCCCAUGAGCAAUUCCGUUGGAAAUCCAAACAAAGUCGGAAUGCAAGGCGGUUUUUGGCUAGUUCGUCCCAAUCUCACCAUUUACGACGAAUACCGACAAAUCAUUCUCCGCGGCGAUUUUGUACCCGGGUCAGGAUGGGGUGGCGCAGAGUAUCGGUACGGUGGAUUUUACGGUGCUGCACAGAUUCAGGGCAUUGUGCCGUACUUUUAUGGACGGUUCCACCCGCAGACUUUUGUGGAGCUGAAUCGAUGCGUGUAUAACCAAAUGGUUGAUAUACCAUAUCACGAAAAGUACGGCAAGUGUCUCACAGGAGAAGAAAUUUGUCAGGAUUGCCGAGAGGCUAACGUGGAGGAUAUAUACUCGGCUCAUUUUACGCUUUGUGGAAAGCCAUGGACUUGCCCGUCUAUUGAACAACACAGCAACAAAAGCGAGUCAUACAAGUGGAUGGAAAAGGUCUCACUUGUCGGCAAGAAAGGAGAGCUGUGUAUACGACUACACCGCGAAUGGCAUCGAAUCCGGCACAAUCUAGAAGUGAGCUGGGGAAUAAAGGAGCCUAUUGUGCAGGAUCCGUCUUUGCAACCCAAUGGGAGUAUAUCAGAGUAUUUUUAUGGACACUGUAAACGGACGCAAACGUUGUUGGAGCUAGACUACAACUAUGUUCCCUUGCGAUUUCCUGAUCAUUAGUUAUAGCAUUGUCUUGCAGACAUC